GCCGAGCCGCCCCGGGUCUCCGUGCGGGGCGGGGGGGGGGGGGGGGGUGGCGGAGGAGGAAGAAGAAGAAGAGGAGGAGGAGGAAGAAGAGGAAGAGGAGGGGGCUGCUUGGGAGCGGUGCCGGCGGCAGGUAGCAUGUCCUCUGCAUCCAAAGAAGAGAGAAACGCACGUAUAGUGAUGACUACCCUGCUACUCACUGAGCAAAUAACACGAGAAGACCGUGGCUCAGAGGGAAAGUAUGUCCUUUACGGAUCCUCGUGUUCCCAAAUCACCGAGGAAGCUGAAUAUGUGAAAAAGCCGCUUCCUCAAGUGUCAGGCAAUAAACCGGAGUCAAAGAGCAGCGGCUGGAGCUGCAGUCCUGUUGCAAGGACGAUGAAGGAAACAGAAGAGCAGCUGCUGCUGGUGAGCAGAGAAAACCAAGUGCUGAAGAUCAAGCUGGAAGCCACGAGAGAAGCAGGUGUACAGGCUCUCAGAUCUGCCUCCCAGAAACUGUAUGAGAAUUACCAGACUCGGUCAGAAGAACUGAAAAAAAGCCAUGAGAAUGAGAAGCAGCAAAUACAGACCUACCAUCUCCAACAAGAAGAAAAGCUUCACCAAAGCUCCAAAACCACCAGCCGCCUUGCUGAAGGGAUCAGGGAAAAAUGUACCCGCAUCGCAGAGAUGGAGAAGCGAGUGCAAAGGAUGGAGGAGGAAAAGAAAACUCUGAUAGAGAAGAAAAUGUCACUUGAAAAGAUGCUUCAACAGAUGAUGUCAAGGAAUGAAGAUGCCAAAUGGUGCCUGGAUCUCCAGCGGCAGAUUUCCACCCUGCGGGAGCAGAUCUGCCACCUGCAGUGGGUGAUCCAGGCGCAGCACCAUGGCCUGCGCAGCGUGAUACAGGAGGCACAGGAACUGAACAACAAACUCAGAACCCAAGACAGAAAAAUAGAAGACCUGACAGAGAGGCUGUCUGCCCUGGAAGCACAGAAUAAAGAACUGAAAGACAAAGUGGAGUUCUGGUCUGGUCAGCCCAAGGCUAAAGUUUCAAAAGCUGUCUGAACAGACACCCCGUGAGAUUUUGGAGCAUCCCCUUACCUGAUGCUCACCAGGCUAAGGAAACAAGAGAGCUAAAGGAAAGACUGGAUGUUUGUCUCCUACUCUUGCCAGAAGGACUCUUCCUGCAACUCCUAUGGCCUCUUUGUUACUGCAAAAUACCUUUGGCAUGUGCUGCCUCUCUACAAAAGGUGGUGCAGAAGCAGUGCUGAAGAGCUGCAUUUGGAAGAAUAAACCUGGAAAGAAGCAGAGAGCUGAUGAGGGGUGGCGAGCUCAUGAAUGCCUGCGCAGUCCAGACAGCAAAGACAGUCCCAGCCAUGCCUGGGGGGGUGUUGCACUGCCGGAGUAGCUCUGUGACUGCCCUCAAUUUAGGUAAGACUAUAAAAUAAACCUUUGGCUACCUGGUAUGUUGUUACAGUUGCUGCUUUCCUAACUGCUGUUGUAGGAUGGAUGGAGCACAGGGUGGAGGUGGAGCAGUGGCCCUGCCCUUUCAGUGGGACUCGGCUUUCCUCUGGCGUUGGACCCUGGGGGGCACAGCGUGUUUCAGGCAUAGCAGCAGCAUAAUGUCACGGUGUCCUCGGGCAAGGAAUGAGCAGAUCCUUUUCUGGGUUAAAGUGGCUUUUGCUUUCCUGAAAAUUUACUAUUUGCCAUGGAAAGUUUUCUGCCCAAGUCAGCAGGAGUGUGAAGUUCCUCCUUGAGUCCUUCCUCCAGCUGAAAUCCCUUUUGGAGGGGAAAGCAGCUGCUGCAGAGGGGAUGGCUGGUUUUUCUCCUCCCUAAAGUGGGAGAUGUGCUGCAGUGGCCAGCAAGCCCUCCUCCAAGGGAUGUGGGACAGAGGGAGCCUGAGAACUGCUGUGUCCCUGGUCUGUCUCUUAAUCCCUCAUGCAGACAGAGCAGCAUUUGGAAAAAAGAAAAAAUAAAGGAGGAAGGUGUUGAUCCUUAAAUAUGGCUAAAGGUACCAAGUUUGUUUGUUCCUUUUCUUACCUAACUUUAGAUAACAUUAUUCACAGAUGGUUUCACUCCAGGAUUAACUCUGUUAAGGUGCAAAUAAAAGCUUGGCAUUUGCUUAAUACAGGGGUGAGGCAGGUUGUAUGUUUCUGCAGGUGCUGCAGUACACAGCUUGCCAGGUUAUACUUACUUAGUACCCUUUUAAGAGGGUGAGCUUUGUAAACUGUACCAUUUCCCUGUCAAGUGAGGGCAAGGAGGUGCUGUUCAGUCCCUUCCCAUCCUUCUCUCGUGGGAGAAACUGAGCUCAACUUGAAGUCAGGGUACCAAUGCUGAGCUGCCACAAGGCAGGCUGGGUGCUGACUGUGGUGAGGUUUGCAAACAGACCCUGAGCAACCCUCAGCCAGCCCAAAAAGCCCUGCCUCUCUUUC